GGCGCCGGGACCCGGGCAUUACAGGUCUCAAGGGCUGGCUUCUAGGGCUUGAGGCAGGGAAAGGGGCGCAGGCGAUGGUACCAGCGCUGCGUUAUCUGAGCAGUGUCUGCGGACGGGCCCGCGGGAUUUUCCCCGGGAGCUUCUCCGCGGCGCCCACGCCCGCGUCGGGGAAAUCCCGGCUGUUGUGCCAGGGUGGCCGCAGAGCCAGCACCAGCUCAUUUGAUAUAGUCAUUAUUGGUGGCGGAAUUGUGGGGCUUGCCUCUGCCAGAGCACUCAUCCUGCGACAUCCAGCACUUUCCAUUGGUGUUCUGGAGAAGGAGAAAGAUUUAGCUAUUCAUCAGACCGGACAUAACAGUGGUGUCAUACAUAGUGGGAUUUAUUAUAAACCUGAAUCUCUGAAAGCUAAAUUAUGUGUGCAAGGUGCAGCCCUCAUCUACGAGUACUGUAACCAAAAGGGGAUUUCCUACAAGCAAUGUGGCAAGCUUAUAGUGGCUGUUGAACAAGAAGAAAUUCCCAGACUUCAGGCCCUGUAUGAGAGAGGUCUGCAGAAUGGUGUCCAGGGCCUGAGGCUGAUCCAGCAGGAGGACAUAAAAAAGAAGGAGCCAUAUUGUAGGGGUCUGAUGGCUAUUGAUUGUCCUUAUACUGGCAUCGUGGACUAUCGGCAGGUGGCUUUGUCAUUUGCCAAGGAUUUCCAAGAAGCAGGUGGCUCUGUUUUGACCAAUUUUGAAGUAGAAGAUAUUGAAAUGGCUAGAGAAAGUCCUUCGAGAAGUAAAGAUGGAAUGAAAUAUCCAAUUGUUAUAAGGAAUACAAAGGGAGAGGAGGUUCAAUGUCAGUAUGUUGUGACAUGUGCAGGACUUUACUCAGAUCGUAUUUCCGAGUUGAGUGGCUGCAAUCCCAAUCCUCGAAUUGUACCAUUCCGGGGAGAUUACCUAGUCUUGAAGCCAGAAAAGCGCUAUCUUGUAAAAGGAAAUAUUUAUCCGGUCCCCGAUAGCCGAUUUCCUUUCCUAGGAGUUCACUUCACACCAAGGAUGGAUGGCAAUAUUUGGCUAGGGCCAAAUGCAAUUCUUGCCUUUAAACGAGAAGGCUAUAGACCCUUUGACUUCAGUGCCAGAGAUAUUAUGGAUAUAAUGAUCAAGAGUGGCUUGAUUAAACUGGUGUUCGAGAAUUUCUCCUAUGGAGUUAAUGAAAUGUACAAAGCAUGUUUUCUCAGUGCAACAGUGAAGCACCUUCAAAAGUUUAUCCCUGAAAUUACUAUCAGUGACAUACUUAGGGGCCCCGCUGGAGUAAGAGCCCAAGCCCUGGAUAAAGAUGGAAAUCUCAUAGACGAUUUUGUAUUUGAUGGAGGCGUUGGGGACAUUGGGAAUCGCAUUCUUCAUGUGAGGAAUGCACCUUCCCCUGCUGCCACUUCUUCGCUUGCAAUUUCUGGAAUGAUUGUAGAUGAAGUGCAACAAAGAUUUAAAUUGUAAAUAAUGAAAGGAGCUAGGUGUGCAUUUUGAUCUCCACAUUCAGCAACAAGAAUUUACUAACUGCAUUCUUUAAGAAAAUUGGUUUAAAAUGUCAUUUUUAGGUAUGCCAUUUAGAUAACCACUGAAUUUUUAAAAUUAGGUAACUUGGAAAUAACAUAUUUUUAAAGUCCAUGCUCUUUAAAAAGGUACAGUUGUGUCUUUCCUUCUGACUUUGCUAAUAAUCUAUCCUCACGAGAUUUGGCUUGUUUGGAAUUUCUGGGAACUAAAGCAUGAAAAAGUGAUUAUUCCCUUAACUUUUUGGCUUUAUAAUGUCUAAGCUUCUUUUGUCUUGCCUAGACAAGAAAAUAUAUUGUAGAUUGCAAACCUCCUUUUAAUUUCAAAGAGUCAUAAAAAAAGAUCACAUUAUUUAGAGUAACAGUAAUUGGGAAUUUUAAAUUAUUGAUUAAAAAUACAUGAAAUUUCACAUUUUGAAGUAGUUUGAGUGAGAUGCUAUCUAAUCUAUAUUUGUAAAAAAUAACUUUGCAAAAGAAAUUCAAAGUAUUUAUUCUUCUCAGUUUCUUACAAUUGACUUGAUCUUGGGUCAUCUGUAAAUCUUAACAACAGUCCACUAUGAGUGUUUUGUUUAUUCUUCAGUCUUCUGUGCUCAAAAAACCAGAAGAACUUAGAAUCCUGACGCUGACAUACAGAACUUUGUAAUUUAAAAUAGUAUUUACCUCUUAUAUCUCUAGUCUUCAGUUAUACCAAGGUUCUCAAAUGUUGACCCGGAUCACUAAUGAUUCAUGCCUACCUGACUUUUCUGGAAUCCUAUAAACCUUUAGGAGGAUAUUUCUUCAUUUUGAGGAAAUACGUAAUUUUGAGGCAUUCACUUUUGUAAACCGCAAAAGUGCCUUACAAUCAUGGGUAUUUCAUGAAUAUUUUAAAUUGUUGCCAGUGCCAUAUUGUCUACUGUGUACUAUAUAUUAUAUGUGUGUGUGGUAUCUAUUGAAAUGAUUCAUAUAGUUCAGAAUGUUAGAAAACAGAAAUAUAAAUGGAAAUUAGUUAGAAUAUGAGAAUCUUUUAUUACAGAACCACCAAUUAGGUGAGAAAUUUUCAUCCAUUCCCUCAAAUACACUCUCUCCGGAUUAAUCUUCUAGUCUUAAUUUUUUCUUUCCACUCAUCCCUAACACUGUGUGAUGGAUGAGUUAGAAAAAUGAGCAUUUUGGUGGAUAGGAAAACUUAUCUGUUUUCUUCCUUUUCACUUCAAGCCAAUGAUUACAUUGAUUGAGCUACCUCAUUAAUUAAUUUGAAAGGCUACACAUCAUCAGCUCAUGUUCCAGAAUAGCACAUUCAGGUAAAUUGAUUAGGCUGUUAUUUGACACUUGGGAUCAGCAUACAUACCAAAAGCAGUUGGAAAGUAUUCACAGAGGAAACAAGCCCUAAUGAUUCUUCAUAACAACUGGUUCCUCCAAGAAAUGUAACACACAGAGUAUUUUCUGUUUCAUUACAAGGCUAUUUAGAGAUGGAAAAUACUCAGUUCUCUAUUUUAUUGACAGUAAGAUUGUAUAUACACUAAGCUGUGAAAGAUUGAAAUUAUAAAAACAACUAUCCUAAUUAAAGCAACACUCAUUCCAUUUGGAUCUUUACUAUGCCUCCAAAAAAUCGUGAAAAAAUUAUUGAAAGUGUUUUGAAUGUGUAGAUUAUUCUAUUUGUAAAACAUUUUGUAUUUGUCCAUAGAAUCUUGUUGUGGAAUAAUGCUAUAAUAUUUUAAAGUUUUGUGUAUUUCUAAGACAGAAGAAAUGUAUAUUAAUAUUAAAAAUAUUUUAAUGA